AUGGCCUUCCAGCCAAGAGCCCCAGAGAGCUGCCUCGCACCGAAGACCGCAGACCACGAGGCUUUCCUCAAAACCUUGCAAGCCGCGCUCGAUGAGGCCAUUCAGAAGCGACAACGCAUCGAGAUCGAUCUAGGAACUUCGGCUGAUAAAGCCAAUCUUGCAGAGAAGGCGAAGUAUUACGAGCAAAGAAUCGAGAAAUUAAAGGACUGGAUGUCGUUCGGACCGAAGACUGCCGACCUCGCAGAUGUGAAGCAAGAGGGUGCAGCUGACAGGAUGGCCAGGGCGAUCGAGAUAACAGAUCUUCGGCAGAAACUCGCAGCUGAGAAGGAAGCGAACCAGGCAAUCGUUUACAGGUCUGAACGGCAUCGGCUAGAAGUGAGCAUGUUGAGGGACACCUUGCAAGUCAAGACCGCCGAAGGCGAGCGUCACCAAGAGAAUGCCCGUUUGCUGGAGAAUGCCUCACAGGACAUGCAUACGAAGAUACAGGAGCAGCAGGCAGAACUCCAGCACCAAAAGGAUGAAAUUGAGGCGCAGAAAGCACAAUUGGCUGAGGCAGGUAAGCAGGCCUGGGAAUGGGAAUGCAAAUACCGAGAGGUUGUUCGCCCCGAGGAGGAAGCCCGCUACAUGGAGAAUGCGCCUCAGUAUACACGUGGGAACAUACAGCCGCUCCAAGCAGAACUCCAGCGCCAAAAGGAUGAACUUAAGGCGCAGAAAGCACAACUGGCUGCAGCGAACAAGCUGGCCUGGCAAAUGGAAUGCAAAUACCGAGAGGCGGCUGAUGCUCUGUCCAGCGAGCGCGAGCACGCUAAAGUCAACUACAACGUUCUAUGGACCAAGAUCAGAGGGCUUGAGGUCGAGAAUCACAAAGUCACUGAGAAAGCCAGCACCACAGAGAAGUCUCUGUCUGCGAAGGCCACUAGUUUCGAGGUCGCGGUUAUCAAGGCCUCCGGCAAAGCUGAAGACCUGGGAAGGGAGCUCGAGGAAGUAAAGCAAGCGAAGAAUCUCGAGAUCAACGCGCUUAAGAAUCUAGAACGUGACCUCACCGAUGAGAUCAGAACGCUCGUGCACGAAAAGGAGGAGUCUGAUCUCAUCAGAUCCGAGUUGACGACGAAAGUUGCCAUGCUCGAGCCUGAGCUCGCGAAAUGCCGAUUUCGCGUCGACAGCCUCGAGCGCGAGAAGGGAGCCGUCAAUGUAGCAUCCAAUUUCAUGGAAUCCCAAUUGGAAGUCAAGCACGAAAAGGAAGAGUCCGAGCGUACCAAGUCUGAAGUGGCGCAAAAGGUCACCGAUCUCGAAGACCAGGUCACAUUGCUUAAGGACGUCGAAGUUGAGAGUAUCCGGCGAUUUGAAGAUGCAGAACGCCUCAGGAACAAACUGAGGGACACGAAGCUCGAACUGGAGGCAUCCCAUCGCAAAGAAACCGAAUUGGCGCAGAAGGUUUCCGAACUCGUGCCCCAGAUCGCAGACCUCGAGCAUAUCCGCGUUCAGCUCAUUGAGACCCAUGAGCGCGAAAGGAAAGACUCCAGUAACUUUAGCUCUAGUAUGGGGCGAAGGAUUGCCAAUCUCGAACACCAGCUGAGAGUAUCGAAUGGCAACAACGCCAAACUGGCGGCGAGGGUCAGGGAACUUGGAUCGCUAUUGAUCGAUGUCCAAGGAGAGCUUGACACCACAAAGCAGCAGAGGGAAGCCCUUCAAGGAGAUGUGCUCGAGCUCGACACGCUAAGGACGCACAUGAACGACUGUGAGACGAAGUUCCAGAACAUGCAAGCCGAGAAGGCUCAGCUCUCGAACAAGUUGGAUGAUUUAGUGCGUCAGCUGAACAACACGAGGCAGCAAAACGACGCCGAUGUCGCAGCACUACAAGACAGAGAGCGCACACUUGCCAUGAAGCUCACCGCAUUGAUUGCCGAAAAGGAGCAACGCGAGCGUGUCGGCGCCGACCUCGCGGUGCAAAUCACCAAACUCUCCCAACAACUGACCGCACAACAAAAGAAGAACGCAAGCUUGUUAGACGGCCACGCCAAAGAGAAGAAGGCGCUCGAGCGCUCCAUCGACAAGCGGACGACGGAGAUCAACGACCUGAUGGCCUCUAACUGUAAGGAGAUCGCAGAGCUCAAGCAAAGCGGACGAGAUCUGCGUGAGAGCAUCUCGUCCCUCGAGAAGAAGAACGCUAUGCUUGUUGAGAGGCUCAUGACAGGAGGCAGGCAGAGCGCAGCUCGAAUAGGCGAGCUUCUCGACGUGCUGAGGUUGCGGGAGAAGGAGGCGGAAACACUGCGCGACGAGCUGGACCAGAAGAAGAAGGAUGUGGAAAAUAUGUUGACGGAUAUGGAUUGGCUGGCCGAAGAGGGUGGAUACAAGAGCGACAAGAUCAAGUCACUUGAAAAGGAGAACCUGGAGCUACAUGAGAAGAUCAGUAUUCUGAAGGACGAUUGGGUGGAGUCUGAGGAUGAAUUUGCCGAGAGCAAAAAGGUUGAGGAAAAUUGA